GAUUGCCAAAAGGAUGGUAAAACUUAUUUAAAUGGUGAUAAGUUAGUAGAUCCGGAGACACCAUGCACCGUUUGCUACUGUCAAGGAGGAGAAAUUUAUGCAGUUCUGUUACUUGUUUCCAUCGUGAUGAUUGUACGCCCAAAUAUAUACCAGGUGUUUGUUGUCCAGAAUAUGAUAAUUGUCCAGUUGCCACUUCUGAAUCAACGACCAAUAAAACUCUAGCCACGACUUCAACCACUUCCAAACCGGAAAUUCAUCAAGCCGAAAAUAAUCCAAAAAUAACAAUAAAAGAGAUCACAAAACCAAUUGAAAUUCGUAUUACGGAUGACAAUAAAGCCAUACCCAUUCAUCAAAUGCUAAAGCCAUCAACAACAUCCACCACUACUACAACUACUACAACGUCAACCCCCAGUACAACAACCACAACAACUACUACAACAAUACCACCACCAACAUUAUCCACAACAAUUUAUGCCGUUUCCACAACACCAACACCUCAUAUAGAUGCUAUAAAUGUUAACACGGCUUUAAGCAGCCAAGACCAUAACCAACACACAGCAGAAAGCUUUGAAUUCACUGGUAUCUCGCCCAAAGUGGGUCUUAAUAGUGGUGACACUUUAAAACUCAGCGCUUCUGUUGCAUAUCCCGCAACAGUUUUAGCUUCGGCUGCUUUAAGUUCAACAUUUGCUCCCUCGGAUUCUAGUCUAGAAGUAGAAGAUCCUGUACCUGCACUAUCGGUUUUUAGCACCCAAGGUUUACCCGAAGAUCCCAGUAAAGUGAAUAUUAAACGUGAGUACUUUAUUACCACAGAAGGUGUAGCCGCUGGUUCGGGUUCGCAAAUUUUUGAUGUUGGUAGUGGUGAAUAUCCUAAUUCAGAGUUGAUAUAUAGUCAGUCUUCCCAAGGCCAACAGAAUACUUUUAAUACCGCCCUGCAACAAUCUUCGGCUGAACUAGAUCCUGAUACAGCGGGUAGUGAUAACAUUUAUCACAAUUUGACCACAGAUGGUCCUAGAUUGACCUCAACAUCGGAGAAUUAUUUAGCGUUAAAGGGAGUCUCAACAACGGAAAGUUCACCCUUUGAUGAUCUAUCAGCCAGUUCUAUAAGUCCUGUAGACACCAACAACAAUUUGGAUACAAAUAAAGAAGAUCCCACCACAGAGGGACCCUCUAAACAAGAACAAUAUUACACCAAAUCAACUACCGAAUCGGCUAUAAACCAACAUUUAGACGAUGAAGACUCCGCCAUACCCGUAGAAAGUAAUCCAGCAUAUCCUUCUCUACCAGAAGAUGAUUUCAUAAGAGACAAUAAUUUUCAAAUUAAUGAUUCCGAUGAUGUAGGCGAUGAGCCCAGAAGUAUAGGAGGAAGUCAUGGUAUAGCCGCCACUUAUGAGGCCUUUAAAAGUACUAAACAUUUAGAUGAUCAUACGUAUGGUAGUGGUAGCGGCAGUGGUAGUGGCAUGUUGUUAGAUGAAUUAGUAAAUAUAAUGCCCGUUUCCACCACCGAAGGUAGUGGAGAUUUACAACAGUCCACGGAAAACUAUGAGAAAACCAAAUCAUCAGAGGUAAUACAAUUUAUGUACUCUGCCGAAGAUUCCUCCGAAGAGACUCGUAUUACCAAUACAACUGAUUUUAAAAUGGAUAAAGAGAUGACUAAAACCAUGAAAAUAAUGAUAUCUUUAGAAUCUGCAGAAACCAGACAACAAAUGGAAUUUGAAAUGGGUUCGGGAUCGGGUGAACUUAAAUUGGCCAAACAGCAGAAAGAAAGAGAACCUACUACGGCUAGGCCAAAUAAAGCAACAGCAGACAUAGAUAUAGAUGAGAUGCAAGAUGCCUCGGGUAAUGGACCCCAAGAUGAUCCAAAACUAGAUGUAGAAAGUUUGAAAUUAGAUGAAAGUGCAAAUGUCACCCACAAAUCCGAUAAAUCAUCUAAAAAUAAUAUAUAUCGGUUAAG